AUCUCUCACCGGAAUCGAGCUGGGCGGAGGAAGGGAAGGGCAGGGCGGUGGUAGAGGACGCGGUCGAUGACGUUCCGGCUGUUAGCGUCAACUCGAGUCGGCGUGGAAUUCUGCUUUAUCCUCCUCAAAGGAGAUAAAAAGAGACAUCUUUUUCGGGGUGGGUGGUUCAGUCCACCUAAAUAGCGCGGUCCAAUUUUUGCCUUGCUCGCCGCCUCAAGCGAGAACGAGUUUGGUCACCCAUCCGCGUCGAUCGAAUCUUGUUUCUCCUUCUCCGUUUUGAUUGGAUCUCCCGGUGCCGUCUGCUGAGAUCAGAGUGGCCGGACGAAUUUGGAACCUGCCGACCGCUCCUUGAGGUGGAUCCUUUGCUCCUCGUAUGUUAGGGCUUUUGCUGUGGUUGGGUUGCCUGUAGAUUCUGCGGGCCAAUUUUGAAGCUGGGUUGCGAUGGCGACGGCAACCAUGGCAACUGCAGCGGGUGCUGCUGCUCUUCUUUACUACACGCUGAAUCGUAGACUACAGGCCACGCGAUCUCAAGAUCAUGGUGAAUGUGAGCAUGGCGACGAUGGAGCCAAGCCUCUUCUUUCUGGGAGGAACCGGGUGUCUCGAAGGCCUGUGCGAGCCCCUGCCACAUGGUUGGAGACGAUAUCAACCCUGUCGGAGACGUUGCGAUUUACUUAUUCUGAGACUUUGGGGAAAUGGCCUAUUGGUGAUCUGGCCUUUGGCAUUAACUUUCUCUUAAAGAGGCAGGGAAACUUGCAUGUGGCAAAAACCUAUGCUGGAAACGGAAGCAUACAGCUUAGAGGAGUUCAAGUUAUCGAUGAACUGAAGUACCUUCUGAAUUUGUUAACUCUUUGCUGGCAUUUUUCAAAAAAGCCUUUUCCGUUAUUUUUGGAGGCAACUGGUUAUUCCCAAGAUGAUGUGAUACUUCAGGAACCUAAAGCAGGAAUAUUAAAACCAGCUUUUGCGAUUUUAAUUGACAAAAGCACAAAGUGUAUUCUACUGUUGAUCAGGGGCACUCACAGCAUUCGAGAUACAUUAACAGCUGCAACUGGUGCAGUUGUACCAUUCCAUCAUACAGUUAUGAAUGAAGGUGGUGUCAGUGAUUUAAUUUUAGGGUAUGCACACUGUGGGAUGGUUGCGGCUGCUCGAUGGAUUGCUAAACUUGCUGGUCCAUGUCUUAUGAAGGUGUUGCAUGAGUAUCCAGAGUACCAACUGAAGAUAGUUGGGCACUCGCUUGGUGGUGGCACAGCGGCACUAUUAACAUAUAUUUUGCGGGAGCAGCAGGAUUUUGCAACUACCACCUGCGUGACAUUUGCUCCAGCUGCAUGUAUGACAUGGGAACUGGCAGAAUCAGGCAGACAUUUCAUUACUUCAGUUGUCAAUGGAGCUGAUUUGGUGCCGACAUUCUCAGCUGCCUCUGUAGAUGACUUGCGCUCUGAGGUGACAGCAUCAGCAUGGCUGAAUGACUUGCGAAAUCAAAUUGAGCACACUAGAAUAUUGAGCACUGUUUAUCGUUCAGCAUCUGCACUAGGGUCUCGUCUUCCAUCAAUUGCCACGGCUAGAGCUAGAGUAGCUGGUGCUGGUGCGAUCCUACGUCCAAUAUCUAAUAAAACACAGGUUGUGGUGAAGACAGCCCGCAGUGUGGCUCAGGCUGCAUGGGCUCAACCUCCACUGAGGCUAUCUUCGUGGUCCUGUAUUGGGCCUCGUCAUCGAAGCAAGUCAACUGUUCCAAACUCAAGACUAGAAGAAAGCAUUUCAGGAUCCUCGACCUCAGCAAAAGAAAAUUCCGAGGCUCUUGCCAGUUCAACUGAAACAACCACUUUGGAGAACAUAGAAAUCAUUACUUCUCAGGGUGUAGGGUGGACCACAGAAUAUGAGUGUUCACAAAUCAGUGAAAUAUCUCAUGCUACUGAGGUGGAUGACAAUGAGGACGACAGUGAUAGUGAGGAUCUCAUGGGCCAUGGUAGGAUCGAGGACAGUAUGACCGAGGUUGAGUUGUGGCAGCAACUGGAGAAUGAGUUAUACCGAACUAGGCAGAAUAAAGAUGGUGACUUGGCAAAUGAGAAUGAAGAUGCCGAUUUGGAAAAUGAAAUAAGGGAGGAGCAGAACACCACUGCUGCUGAGGAGAGCAGGGGGACAACCGAAGGCAUGCUGACCGAAACAAAGGAAGUUCAUAGAUUUUACCCCCCUGGAAAAAUCAUGCACGUUGUGCCCAUCCUUCCGGAUGGAACAACCAACCAAGAAGCUCCGAACGAUGGCCAUGACGAUGGAAGCCUGCCGGUUGAGCCUAAAUUUGGGAUUUUCUUGACACCAAGGUCACUCUAUGGUAAAUUGAGGCUCUCACAGACGAUGAUAAAUGAUCAUUACAUGCCGAUUUACAGAAGAAACAUUGAGCAAGUAAUCAGUGAGCUCGAGAAAGAUAUUUCCUCGGACAUCUCUGGAGAUGAAACCAUUUUAUAGUAUAUGAUUUCUCUGUGUCCUCAAGUGGCCCCAGGCAAGGUGCCAUCCCUUGCUAGGCUGAAUAGGAUCGAAGUAGAGGCUGAAGGUUCUGAAAAUUCUGUAAAUUAGUAGAGAAAAAUUUGCGUUUUUCCCUGUUAUAUAUAAGUUCUUUGUUUAGCCAUCUUUUAUAAUCUGUAUCAUUUGGUGAGUGUUCAUCAUCCAAGGAUAAUACUCAUCAGAGAAUCAAGUAAAAACCUGAAUACACAUUUAUCACAAACAAAGUGUAACCAUUGUAUGCCCGCAA